GGGGGCUAUUGGGUGAUGGCGGCUGAUGCAGGUCGAGGUGCCCGAAGACAAGAGAGAUUACUGGAUAUUCUGUCAAGAAAGGUCAAUAUCCGGGUUCGCAUCUCCUUUCAUCACCCGUGUGCAAUACCAAGCGGCUAGUUUGUUUCCUCCCUCGGUCUCGGACCCGUCCCGCCUCUGAUCUCCUUCCCCCAGUGCAGACCCUCCACUAGUCCCUCUCAUGGCCUCUCUGACCCUGGGGCUUCUCCUUCCGCCCCUCCUGCUGAUCCUCUACUUCGUCCAAAAGAACUUUGGUAGGCUCCGACCCCUCAACGCUAUCCCCAACGCACAUCCCACCGUUCCCUUCUCCUCGAUAUGGCUGAUCUCGAUCCGGUACCGCAAGCGCGAGAACCGCACGGUAUGGGAUGCUCACAAACGGCUCGGACCAGUCGUACGCCUCGCGCCAGAGGAGGUGAGUGUGUGCACACUCGAUGGCCUGAAGACGAUUUAUGGGGAUUGGGAGAAGAACGCUUGGUAUGAAGCAUUCAUCAACUACGGGACACCUCCCUUAGUCGCCAAAAUCCACUCUGGACCACACUCGGCCCAUAAACGUCUAUUCUCAAAUGUAUACUCCAAAUCCUACGUCCAAAACUCGUCAGACAUCUCCGCGUUCAAUUCUCGCAUCUUAACAAAGAAAGUCCUUCCCAAAAUUGCUACUUCUGCCACUACUGGGGCUUCGAUUGAUGUCCUACGUCUCAAUAUGGCUUUCAGCAUGGAUACGGUGUCGGCAUACGAAUUUGGCAGUGCCUAUGGCACUGACUUCCUCGACGAUGAAGAUGCCUGCCUUCACUUCCUCAAGGCCUUCGCAGUCGUCAAGAACGGCUUCUUCUGGGCAGGACGCUUACCAACUCUAACCCAGAACCUGGAACGAAUCGGCAUCAACCUCGUUGCGCAGGCGGCCCUGGACGGCCAAGCUUACAUGGAGAACAUGUGCUGGAAGCUGUGCUCACUUGUCCAUGCCGCCAUCGAGAAUAACUCCAUCGACCCCACAAGCACUGCUCCGGUCGUCUACGCGCAACGAUUAUCCUCCCAGACUAAAAGCACGGAAAAGACAACUCCUUCCCCAAUCGAAGGUCCAGACUUCCUCCGCAAGUCUGUCGCCUCAGAUAUGCUAUGUCACCUCAUCGCCGGCCACGAAACUUCAGGCAUCAACCUCACCUACGCCAUGUAUGAGCUCUCAAUGCACCCAGAGUUCCAAACCGCUCUCCGCGCGGAAUUACGCUCUAUCAAUCCACCUCUCCUCUUUCCACCCUCUACCUAUGGACGCAGUGCUUUCUCACCCUCCAUUGUUAUCCCUCCUUCUGCUAUCCCCCGCGCUUUGGAUGCUCUUCCACUUCUAAAUGCUACGCUUUACGAGACAUUGCGGUUAUACCCACCUGGUGCUGCGGGCCAACCUCGUGUGGCACCACGUGGAGGAGCCAUGCUGCAUGGGUUUAUGCUUCCAGAGGGUGUAGUGGCACAUGCGGCGCCGUACUCGGUGCAUCGGAAUGAAGAGGUGUUUGAGCGGGCUGAGGAGUGGUUGCCGGAGAGGUGGAUGGGAGAGCGAAAGAAGGAGGUUGCGGAGUGGUUUUGGUCGUUUGGGAGUGGGUCUAGGGGAUGUAUUGGGAAAGCGUUUGCGAUACAAGAAAUGCUCGUUAUGUUAGCAGCAGUAUACACCAAUUAUAGUUCGCAUAUCGUGGAUGCGGAAGGGAUUGAGCCAGUGGAUGAAUUUAUUGCAGGGCCAAGGGCAGGAAAGUUGAUUUUGAGAUUCGAGAAAGUCGGGUAAAGAGUACAAAGAGAGGAAUUAUGGCCAGUAACAACCCAAAGCAUGAUAUAUUCAGCUGGCGCCGGGCUAGCUUAUAUUACUAUUUAGAACAAUUUUAGAUCUGUUUUAUGAUGUUAUGACCG